UGAGGUAAAUCUAAGAUGGCGGCCGUCGGCCCUGCGGCCGGGGCAGCCGGUGGCUCCGGCGCCGCCAACGCGGCCUCUUCCUCCGCAACGGCGACGACGACGGCGCCUCCGCCCCAGCCUGCCUCUUCCUCCUCGGUGUCCGCGACCACGGCUCCGUCAUCGUCGUCCGCGGCGGCGCCUCAGCCUCCGUCGGGCGGGCCGCCCGGCGGGGCCGAGGCGGCCGCGGCCGGAGGCGGAGACGGCAAUGGCGGCGGCGGUGGCGGCUCGUCGUCGUCCUCGGCCUCUUCUGCGGCCGGAGGCCCUCCGUCGUCGUCGUCUCCCGCGGCCGCUGCGGCCUCUUCGUCGUCGGGCGGCUCCUCGGAGUCGUGGUACGUGGCGCUGCUGGGCCUGGCCGAGCACUUCCGCACGUCCAGCCCGCCCAAGGUGCGCCUCUGCGUGCACUGCCUGCAGGCCGUGCUGCCCAGGAAGCCGCCGGCGCGCGUCGAGGCCCGGACCCACCUGCAGCUCGGCUCCGUCCUUUACCACCACACGCGGAACGGCGAGCAGGCGCGCAGCCACCUCGAGAAGGCGUGGCUGAUAUCGCAGCAAAUUCCGCAGUUUGAGGAUGUCAAAUUUGAAGCUGCCAGCCUGCUGUCGGAGCUGUAUUGUCAAGAGAACUCUGUCGACACUGCAAAACCCCUGCUUCGUAAAGCCAUCCAGAUUUCACAGCAGACUCCAUACUGGCACUGCCGCCUCCUCUUCCAGCUGGCGCAACUUCACACGCUUGAAAAAGAUUUGGUGUCUGCUUGUGACCUCCUGGGGGUUGGAGCAGAAUACGCCCGUGUGGUAGGGUCGGAAUAUACAAGGGCCCUGUUUCUGCUAAGCAAAGGCAUGCUGCUCCUUAUGGAGAGGAAGUUACAAGAGGUGCAUCCACUGCUUACGUUGUGUGGGCAGAUAGUGGAGAACUGGCAGGGGAACCCCAUCCAGAAGGAGUCUCUGCGAGUCUUCUUCUUGGUGCUGCAAGUGACACAUUACCUGGAUGCUGGUCAGGUGAAGAGUGUCAAGCCUUGCCUGAAGCAGCUCCAGCAGUGCAUCCAGACCAUCUCCACCCUCCAUGACGACGAGAUCCUGCCCAGCAACCCUGCUGACCUCUUCCACUGGCUGCCCAAGGAGCACAUGUGUGUGCUGGUAUACCUGGUGACAGUAAUGCACUCAAUGCAGGCCGGAUACUUGGAGAAGGCACAGAAGUACACAGACAAGGCGCUUAUGCAGCUGGAGAAACUCAAAAUGCUGGACUGCAGCCCUAUCUUGUCUUCCUUCCAAGUGAUUUUGUUGGAACACAUCAUCAUGUGCCGCCUCGUGACGGGUCACAAAGCCACAGCCCUGCAGGAGAUCUCCCAGGUUUGCCAGCUCUGCCAGCAGUCUCCUCGGCUCUUCUCAAAUCACGCAGCUCAGCUCCACACUCUGCUGGGUCUGUACUGCAUUUCCGUAAACUGCAUGGACAACGCGGAAGCUCAGUUCACCACAGCACUCAGGCUCACCACCCAUCAGGAAUUGUGGGCUUUCAUUGUGACUAACCUAGCGAGCGUCUACAUCAGGGAGGGGAACCGGCAUCAAGAGCUUUACAGUUUAUUGGAAAGGAUAAAUCCAGAUCACAACUUCCCUGUGAGCUCCCACUGCCUGCGAGCUGCAGCCUUCUACAUCCGAGGUCUCUUUUCCUUUUUCCAAGGGAGGUACAAUGAAGCCAAGCGUUUUCUGCGGGAGACGUUGAAAAUGUCAAACGCGGAAGACCUGAAUCGGUUAACAGCCUGCUCCCUCGUCCUCCUGGGGCACAUCUUCUAUGUGUUGGGGAAUCACAGGGAGAGUAACAACAUGGUGGUUCCCGCCAUGCAGCUGGCAAGCAAGAUCCCGGACAUGUCUGUGCAGCUAUGGUCAUCGGCUCUCCUGCGGGAUCUGAACAAAGCAUGCGGGAACGCCAUUGAUGCCCACGAAGCUGCACAGAUGCACCAGAACUUCUCUCAGCAGCUUCUCCAGGACCACAUCGAGGCCUGUAGUCUCCCAGAGCACAACCUCAUCACGUGGACAGACGGACCCCCACCUGUACAGUUCCAGGCACAGAACGGACCCACCACCAGUCUGGCCAGCCUGUUGUGAAAGGAGGGCGAUGUGCAGUCUUCACUCGGAGAAGAGGAGGCGCCGGAGUUGGGUUUUUUCUUACACUGAGCUUUUUUUAAACAGACAGUGGGCUGCAGAUUCCUUGCCUUGCAGGUGUUGCGAUAGAGAGGGAUACUUCACAGACUUGCAGGACAGCAUGGUCACUCUCAGCUCCUUCUUAAGGUUUCUGUGUUUUGCCUGGAUUGCAGGUGUGUGUGUGUGUGUCUCCAUUGCACACACACGAACGCACACACAAUCGUGAGAAGGGGGUUUGAUACAUCCCUUCCCUGACCCAGAAUUAGGUUUUACGCAAUUCACAUGGACAAGUGUUCCUUCCAUUGAGCUGAUUCUUUUCAACAAAACUUUAAAGACGAUUUUUUAAUGAAGGAAAAAAAACUGGUGUGGGGAAGCAGGGAAGGAAACCACCCAGCUAAUUUGAAACUGCCCAUUAUAAUGUCACAUCCUUGCAUUUUAACUGGCACACUCCCAAGGCUGUUACGUUUGUUUUCUUGAAGGAAAUCAAUUUGGUGGUCCCGUAGCCACCAGCCAACACAGACUGCAUUCCCUGGCAGUUGACUCCUUUUGGCUUGGCAUAUAGUAGAAAGAACUGUGCAUAGAAGCAAAGCAAAAAUGGAGUGUGGGGCACUUCAGGGAACACUUGUUCCAUGUUCUUGGGGACUGGAGGCUUGGGCAGUUCAUGCGGGAGAGCAGAUCAUAGCUACUCCUGAAUCUGCUAUGUCAGCUGCCCCCCCCCCCAAAUGAUGAAUCUCUUUCCCUUCAAUUGCUUUUUCAUCUUUGUUUCUUAAAAGCAAAACAGAACACCCAGAUCAGUGAUUUCCACUGGGAAGGCAAACUCAUCAAACCUUGUCCUUUUCCUUUCCGUAGCUCCUGAGGUUCAUAGAUGCAGGCUGCCCCAGUUGCCAUACCUCCAGCUUACCAGAGCCAAGUGCCCCUUGCCCGCCCCCACCUUUUACCAAGGUGGCUCAGAAAGGACCCUGCUUCUCUCUCCCGGCCCUCUUGUCCUCAAUAGAGAAAGUGGGAGCAAGAAGGAAUGAAGGCUUGGCUUGGAUGUGCCUGCAUAGAUGGACACCAAGGGGCACCAGAGAAGUGCAGGAUGUGGUACUGGGGCCAGAGUUCAGUGCAUGUAGAAUCUCCUCUCUCUUUCUCAAAAAGGCAAAUUCCCAGCCCUCAGUGGACUUGAAAGUUUUCUGUGGGCAAUUAUGUUCCGAGAUCAUAGAAAUCAAGAGGCUUUCUUGUGUUGGGAUAAAAGUGUGCACUUGCCCCCUUGCCCUGCUCUGGCUAGCAAAAACAGGAAUAUUUUAUGCAAAGUACUAAAACUAAUUAUGCAGGGGUGAUCUAUUUGCAUAAUUUAAUCAUGUUGCAGAAUCCUGCUUUCCUUGGCACAGAACUUCGGUUUUUAGCACAGGUACACAGUCCUGCUUUUAGUGUCCGUGUGUGGGUUUUUGUUUUUAAAAAGGAAAAAUUUCCUACAACCAUAUUAACUUGAGCAUUCAAUCAUGGAUUUUUCAAAUCAAGAAUACAGUCGUACCUCUGCUUACAUAUCCCUCCUGUUACGUAAACUUCGGGAUACAUAAGCAGCAAACCCAGAAGUAUAUUUCUGGCUUUUUGCUGUGCGUGUGUGCGCAGAAGCAGUCUCUCUGGUUUCGAAAACCUCGGGAUCCAGCCAGACCUCCGGAAUGGGUCUUGUCCGAAACCAGAGGUACCACUGUAUUCAUAAACUUUAAAAAAUGACCUGUGUCCUCUAUCUAAUCAUGUUCUCUUGUGAGGCUGCUUCAUUCUGCUACUGAAACCUGUUGCAGACCCUCCAAGUUUUCUGGAGAUGGUUGAUGAUGUGCAAAAAAAA